AUGACGAUAACCAGAGAGUUGCGAAAUCUUGGAGAUACAGAGGCAAAAGAACUUGGCACCUUUAACCGAGUUUUGCAGCGCCAGGCCAAACGACAUACGAUUUUAUUUGCAGAUCUUGAUUCUGUUGCACUGGUGGGUAUCAAAAGUACGAUGCAAGAACAGAAUCCAUUUGCGAUGCAGUUUUUGCCGUUUGGUCGACCAGUUCAAUAG